AACGGGAAUUGCAUGGUUUUUAUACUGCAAUUCUUCCAUCACUUCGAUUGGAAAAUAUAGGUUUCCAUAAUUAUUUUCGGAUGUCAGCGACAAAAUUGGAAGAGUUGUUACAUUUAGUUCAACCUUAUUUAAGCAAAGAAUAUUAUAUAAGACAACCAAUUGCUGUGGAAGAAAAAUUGAUGUUGACCUUAAGAUAUCUGGCUUCGGGCGACUCUAUGACAUCGAUGCAUUAUCAAUACCUAGUGGGAUUGACAACUAUAAGUAUAAUUAUAUCGGAAACCUGUGCUGUCUUAUGGAAAACGCUUUGUCCUCUGGUUCUCUCAUCAACUGUAAACACCGAAGAAUGGCUACAUAUUGCUAAAACCUUCAGCGAUACUUGGAAUUUUCCUCAUUGCAUUGGGGCUAUAGAUGGAAAGCAUGUGGUUAUUCAAUGUCCUAAUAAUUGUGAAUCUAUGUACUAUAACUACAAAAAUAGCCACAGUCUAGUAUUAUUAGCUAUCUGUGAUGCCGACUAUGUAUUCCAGUUUGUGGACAUCGGUGCUUAUGGGCGAAGAAGUGAUGGAGGCAUCUUUAAAGACUCCAUAAUGGGUACAAAGUUGGAAAAUAAACAACUAAAUGUUCCAGAAGCAGCACCUAUUUCAGAUGAAAGAGAAACUCCCUUGCCAUAUUGCAUUGUUGGUGAUGAGGCGUUUCCACUAACGACGUACUUGCUUCGUCCAUAUCCUGGGAAACAGAAAAUUACACCACAGAAACGCAUUUUCAAUUACCGUUUAAGUCGCGCUAGACGAGUAAUUGAAAAUUGCUUUGGUAUCUUGGUCAGCAAAUGGCGUAUUUUUCGUAAGCCAAUAAUAGCCAGUGUAUCCACUACAACACAUAUAAUACAAGCAGCUAUAGUUCUUCAUAAUUGGCUGCGUAAAAAUGAUUUGAACAAUUGUCCAAACCUUCCGUACGUUGAACCAUACCUAGUUGACCAAGAAUCUGAAAUUGGAUCUGCCAUAAGUGGCACUUCGAGAGAUGUAGCAGGAACGACGGCAUUUUUUGACAUUACUCGCGCAGGUACUAACACAAGCACUCGAACAGCAAUGGAAGUACGAGAAGAAUUUUGUGCCUACUUUAAUAACGAAGGUGCUGUUACCUGGCAGAAUGAUUAUGUGUGA